CAUUCACACAAAGUUUGGCUCUGGCCUUGCGGAGGGAGGGGGCGGCCCGGCCCGGCCCAGCUCUGCCCCCGGCCGGCCCGACCCCGGCCCCGGCCCCUGGACAAGCCCUUAUCUGAUCCCAUUCCGGGUUUAUGAGUCCUGGCCCUGCCUGUCGCACAGCUCCGCUCCUCACUCCAGCCCGCCCCGUCGGUCCAUCUGUCCCGCUGCCCCGCGGCCCAUCGGAAGGGCCACUCCACCCCGGACCCAAGAUGACAUCAGUUGCCAAGGUGUAUUACAGUCAGACCACUCAGACAGAAAGCCGGCCCCUGAUGGGCCCAGGGAUACGACGGCGGAGAGUCCUGACGAAAGAUGGUCGCAGCAACGUGAGGAUGGAGCACAUUGCUGACAAGCGCUUCCUCUACCUCAAGGACCUGUGGACAACCUUCAUUGACAUGCAGUGGCGCUACAAGCUUCUGCUCUUCUCUGCCACCUUUGCGGGCACCUGGUUCCUCUUUGGCGUGGUGUGGUAUCUGGUAGCUGUGGCACACGGGGACCUGCUGGAGCUGGGCCCCCCGGCCAACCACACGCCCUGUGUGGUUCAGGUGCACACACUCACUGGGGCCUUCCUCUUCUCCCUGGAAUCCCAGACCACCAUCGGCUACGGCUUCCGCUACAUCAGUGAGGAAUGCCCGCUGGCCAUUGUGCUGCUUAUCGCGCAGCUGGUGCUUACCACCAUCCUGGAAAUCUUCAUCACAGGUACCUUCCUGGCGAAGAUUGCCCGGCCCAAGAAGCGGGCUGAGACCAUCCGUUUCAGCCAGCAUGCAGUUGUGGCUUCCCACAACGGGAAGCCUUGCCUUAUGAUUCGAGUUGCCAACAUGCGUAAGAGCCUCCUCAUUGGCUGCCAGGUAACAGGCAAACUGCUUCAGACCCACCAAACCAAGGAGGGUGAGAACAUCCGGCUCAACCAGGUCAAUGUGACUUUCCAAGUGGACACAGCCUCUGACAGCCCCUUCCUCAUUUUACCCCUUACCUUUUAUCAUGUGGUAGAUGACACCAGUCCCUUGAAAGAUCUCCCUCUUCGAAGUGGUGAGGGUGACUUUGAGCUGGUGCUGAUCUUAAGUGGGACAGUGGAGUCCACCAGUGCCACCUGCCAGGUGCGCACUUCCUACCUGCCAGAGGAAAUCCUUUGGGGCUACGAGUUUACACCUGCCAUCUCGCUGUCAGCCAGUGGUAAAUACAUAGCUGACUUCAGCCUUUUUGACCAAGUUGUGAAAGUGCCCUCUCCUAGUGGCCUCCAUGACAGCACGGUACGCUAUGGAGACCCUGAGAAGCUCAAGCUGGAGGAGUCAUUACGGGAACAAGCUGAGAAGGAGGGCAGUGCCCUUAGCGUGCGCAUCAGUAACGUCUGAUGGUCUGUUCCCACUUUCCCACCCCUCUUGUCUCUUUUCCUCUUUUCAAUGCCCUGAGUAAAGAGUAUUACCUGGGCUUGCUGGAGAUCCCCAGAAGCACCCAUCCUCCACUUUAAUGCAGUGGCCUGUCAGUAAUCUAGGCCAACUGGGAGUUGAGUUUUCCUCCUACUGCCCCCUUUUGCCUCCCGCUGCUUCCACCCCA